AGUGUAGAUAAAAAACGACGUCUGCGGAAUAGAGACCAAUUAACUACCGUUCGUGUCUGGUUGCUGCUGAUGACCCAUUGGGCCUACAUAGAUCAUACAGUCAGUAUCGUGGAUGCUCUGUGUGUUGUCUGUAGCUAUAAAUUCAUCAAUAGUUUCCCGUUUUGGUAUGAUACGUGUAUUGUAAUGUCUGACCAGAAGCAUUCUACGGAGAAUUCUACAGCAAUCCCAAUGACAAAAUUGUCACCCGAAGAAGCAGAAGAUUUUCUAAAUGAGACGGGCGAUGAAAACCAGGAAAGAGGAAACUGGUCCAAUAAACUUGAUUUCAUCCUAUCGUGCACAGGCUAUGCUGUAGGUCUUGGCAACGUAUGGCGAUUUCCAUAUCUUUGCUACAAAAAUGGAGGAGGUGCAUUUCUUAUACCCUACCUGAUCAUGUUAAUAUUCACUGGCCUUCCCAUCUUUUUCUUGGAGGUAUCCUUAGGGCAGUAUAGUAGUCAAGGGCUAAUCACAUGUUGGAGAUCAGUUCCUCUCCUCAGAGGUAUCGGGUACGGAAUGUUGAUGGUAUCAAUAUAUGUAGGUGUGUACUACAAUGUAAUCAUCAUGUACGCCAUCUACUAUAUCUUUGCCUCCUUCACCAAAGUCCUUCCCUGGGCUGGUUGUCAUCAUGCCUGGAACACAGAAUAUUGCAAUGAGUUAUUUGACGAAUGUCUUGAGAAGCAAGGUAUCAUGAACAUGUCCAAUGUAUGUGUAAAUGUGUCUUCCUUGAGCGAUUUGGAGAUGGAUUUAUACAACAUCAGCACGGGUGAGGAUGGUGUACUGGACAUUAGUAAUUACUCGGACCCUUUUGAAGAUUCUCGUAGACGUGCCAGCGAAGAAUAUUGGAAGUUUAAUGUGCUUCGUGAAUCUGAGAGUCUUGGGGAUUUUGGUAGAAUUGACUGGCGGUUGUGUCUGUGUCUUAUGCUAGCCUGGACCAUUGUAUACCUCUGUCUUAUUAGAGGUGUCAAGUCCUCUGGAAAGGUUGUGUACUUUACAGCAACAUUUCCAUACCUGGUACUGUUCAUCCUGCUUAUCCGUGGAUUGACUCUACCUGGUUCAACUGAUGGUGUUUUAUUUUUCAUCACACCAAGAUGGGAAAAGCUACAAGACUCAACAGUGUGGUUGGAUGCAGCCUCUCAGAUCUUCUUCUCCUUGAGUGUUGCUUGGGGCGGUCUCAUCACGCUUUCCUCCUACAAUCGGUUUCACAAUAACUGCUACUUUGAUGCUAUUCUGAUUCCAAUCAUAAACUGCAGUACAAGUAUCUUUGCUGGUUUUGUUAUUUUUUCCAUCCUUGGUUUCAUGGCUCAUGAGUCCAACCGAAAGGUUGAAGAUGUUGCUGAUCAAGGAUUUGGUUUGGCAUUUAUUGCUUAUCCAGAGGUAGUUGCUAAACUUCCUGGUUCACCAGCAUGGUCCAUCCUUUUCUUUGUGAUGCUGCUCACUCUGGGAUUGGAUACUCAGUUUACAAUUUUAGAAACAAUCUGCACCGCCCUGACGGAUCACUUUCCUAAACAAUUGAGAGAUCGCAAGACCUACGUCAUGUUGGCGACAUCAGUAUUUGGUUUUCUGCUUGGAUUAACCUGUAUCACUGAGGCUGGACCAUGGUGGGUAUCACUGUUGGACAGCUAUGGAGCUGGCUUCGUACUAGUCAUCUUUGGCCUAUUGGAGUGUUUGGCAAUAGGUUGGGUCUAUGGAGUUCAACGAUUUACUAGUGAUAUAGCUACAAUGAUUGGUGAAAAGCAUGUUAAUACGCACAUUUUCAGAAUAUGGCAUUUGUUCUGGUGUGUCCUCACACCGUUGUUUUUGAGUUUUGUUCUUUUAUUUAACUGGAUUGACUGGUCUGAACCUAAGUAUGGUGACUUGCCAUUCCCAUCGUGGGGUGUUGCCAUUGGAUGGCUUAUAGUCAGCAGUAUUAUUCUCUGGGUUCCUGCAAUCUGGAUUUUUGAAAUUGCUACAUCUCAGGGCACGCUGUUAGAACGAAUCUUACAAAUGCUGCAACCAGCUCCCAAAUGGGGCCCAGCUCUGCAUAGACACCGUUUGGAAGCUGAUCAGAUGCACAGACAUCGUAAUACUACAAUGGGAGGAACUCUGAGGCGUACACAACACUAUGUUAUCAAUGAUGAAGAGUCAGUUGAACAGCAAAAGGUCCCCUUGCAGGAAGACUAAAUUAUUGACCCCCUUCCAAGACCAAUAGGUACAAAUCUAAAAGCCGGCCACUCACUGCACCCGAAGGUUGUCAGUCGACACAAUUCCAUGGGGAACGCAACGCGAGGACGAGUAUGCAAGGGAUCUUUUUUAAUGACGAUCAACUCAGACUGCCACCGGCCCAAAGGAUUGAAUUUGUGCUUCACACGUUGACUGCCAGACCUUUUUUUUAUGGUUCCUUCCUGUGUGCGAAAACAAGUUGUACAUGUACAUGUACAAACAUCCUUUUUUUUAAAAUUUUAUCUAGUCAUAUAUCAUCAACAUUGUGUGUCUAAUAAAUUGGCUGGAAAAUAUUAGGGGAUUAGUAAACUCGUCGACGUCACUGUGAUAGCACUUUUUAUUGACUGUGCCAAGUGCAAGUAUCUCGCCUGCUUUUUGCAUGGGAUGGUAUAUGUUCAAAGGGUGCCCCAAUUGUGCCGCUCGAGUGUACUAAUGGCAACAUAACACAACAAACACACAUACAUCAUUUGUACGUUAUCGUCUUGGUGUAUCUUCCCCAAACUACCAGCCGUUGAGUGGUUCUACAAUGUAUAACAAAGAAGUUAUAAAUGCUAGAAUGUUACACCGAUUUUUGACGAGUGUACCUGUCCCUGGCACCCUCAGCAACACCCUGUGGGUGAGUAUACUCGUCGCUGGCAGCACAUGUUAAUAUAUAAACCUUAUAGCGCCUUGUAACAUACUGCAUUUUUAGAGGCUCCAAGUACUGUAUUAACUUGUGGAGGAUAGGCCUGGCUUUGUAUCCUUUGCAUUAGUUUAAUAAAAUGCUAUGACCACUGUUUGCCACUGUUAUAAAACAAUACACUAAGAAGAAAACACAUUUUGGUAAAGGUAAUAAUGUAAUGACGAUGUUAUUUGAAGUGAAAUAAGCUUUCAUUUUUUAGGUGAAAUGGAGAAAAAUUAAGCAAAUUUUUGACAGGUUAUAAUUGAAAAACACUACUAAACUACCCAUUGCUUUAUAGAUUAACCCAUGCAAGUAAAUUACAUAUUAGUGUUUAAUGAUGAUACAAUGUAAGGUACAUUCAAAGGAUUUCAAUGUUUUAUUGCUUUAGUUGUACACACUGUCAUGUGGUAUUCCAAGUGGGUUAUCUCUUAAUUUGUGAACCUGGUAGUGGUAUACAGGGUAGUGGUAUUUCAGGAAGUUAUUAGGUCGGUACACCUAAGUCAAUUGCGAGUGAGAUAUCGCUAAAGUUAAAUAUUGCAGGUGGGUAUUGACUUUAGAGUGUACCUGGUUGAAAUAUUUCAAUAGUACUAGCUUUAGUUGUACUGUAUUUAGUAAUAUCAUACUUUUGUUGGGUACCUGGAGUGUCAUACAAUGUAACUUUAUUUAUUCGAUAUAUGCAUCUGGAGGUGACAUUCCAGGUGUGUUGCUUUGGGUGUGCACCUGGAUACCAGGUGGCAUCACAGGUUUUUGUACCUGGAUGUGAUAUACCAGGUGUGUGUUGUCUUUGAUUUUGCACCAGGUAGUAUCAUACUAGACAGGGUGUGCAACUGGAUACCAGGUGGCUUCAUAGAUGUUGUACCCGGACGUGAUAUUCCAGGUUUGUUAGUUUGUGUCCUGCUGUUUCAGGUAUUAUUGAGUACUGCUCAAUAUGUAGCUCAGUUUCAAUCAUAUUAAAAUGCAAUAUUUUGCAGACUCCGAAUAACGACUGUACUGUAUACUGCAAUCCUAUAUAUUUACUUAAAUUACCUCGAAAUAUGUGUCUGUAAGAAAUAAAUACAUUAUAUAUACAGUAUAUAUAAGUAUACAAUUUCACAUAUAUUAUUAAUUGUAUAUAGGAAUUAGCAACUGGACAAAAUUAGAUAAAUUAUUUUACAGUACUUGCAUACGUUCCAUAUGCGCCUAUGGCCCAAGGGGGCUGGGGAGGUGCGAUGUCUUUGACGAGAAUGCAAUCGGGUGUGUUCAGGUGUCGCUCAAAAUGUCUCAGAAGUAGUCAGGGGUUUCAAGGGCUUACUUAAUUAAUUUUUAGGGUCUACUAAUAUGUAAUUGUAUUAUUCUCCCUGGAAGGGAGGCCCUGUCCCUUUCCAUGGCUUUCCUGCUUGUGCCAUGUUAUUGAAAGUUCAAGAGGUGAAUGGAUUGUAUCUUACUCUCUUGUAAAUAACUUACUUAAAAAAUAUUAUGUGACAAAAGGUUAAAUCUUGCAUUCUUAUCAAAAAGUGUAGUAUGUGAAUAGUAUUUGUAUGAUUCAGUUUGUUGACAGGGUUUUCUUGCAUUAAAUAUACAAAUAUUUGAA